UUCUGGGUCACAUGACGCGAAUAUCCCCUCAGCGUGAGAUUUCCGCUGCACUGUAGCUACAAACAAUUCUCAUGUUAGCAAGCUGCUGCAUGUAUCUGUAGAACUUUAUGUUCGGAGUUACGACAACCGUUUUACUUUGUAACAUAGUCUUCUGAUGUAUAUUGAUAUAAUCGCUAAAUAGCACGUAAUAUCGGUUUAGGGGCAGAUUUGGACGAUCUCUCGCUAACUAGCUAAGGUUAGCUUGGUAGCUAACAGUGACAGACUGCUGCAAAGAAGGAAAAUAACAUGAAUAUGGACAACGUUAACCAAUCAGUCACAACGGGAGAAUCAUCUACAACGUCUUCAACUUCAAGUAACUGUAUCGCAAAUGAUAAUGCAUCAACCAACGUUAGCAGCAUCCCUCCGGUCACGAGUAAUGCUUCAGCCUCAGCAGCCAUGGUGACCCCCUCAACAGACACAUCUGUCUCCAACGGCGUAUAUGUUCCUGGUGGCAUCACCAACGGAGAUGUAAAGCCUGCUGUCUCUACCACACCUUUAGCAGAUUUUCUCAUGCAGUUGGAAGAGUACACUCCUACAAUUCCUGAUGCAGUAACUGGCUACUACCUCAACCGCGCUGGUUUUGAGGCGUCUGAUCCAAGAAUAAUCCGUCUGAUCUCCCUCGCCUCCCAGAAGUUCAUCUCGGACAUCGCCAAUGAUGCACUGCAGUAUUGUAAAAUGAAAGGCACUGCUUCAGGAAGCUCCAGGAGCAAGACGAAGGAUAAGAAGUAUACCCUGACAAUGGAGGACCUGACACCUGCUCUGUCAGAAUAUGGUGUCAAUGUCAAGAAACCAUAUUACUUUACAUAGGACUGUCUUUAUUCAAUACAUUCUGCUUUUGCUAGUUUGAUUUCCCAACAACCCACUAGUCUUUUAACACAUUUUUUGCAAAAUGUGUUUUUUUUAAUCACGGUGCUUCAGUACAGCUUGGACAAAUCUUUGAAGUCACUUAUUUGUGGAGCCACUUCUGCAUUUUGUUUAACUAUUAACAAAAAUGUUUUAUUGUGAAAAUAAAACCCCUCAAAAACUG